AUGUUAACUCAGACUUCAGACACCCAGUCGGCUCCUUAUCGCAUGGCUCGCAAAACCAAAACCUCUCAGAAGCAACAAUCUCGCCUUAAUAGUCUUGACCCCCCUCAAGGAUCAAGGGAGGAGCAAUCUGAAGAUGUGGAAAGGCCCUCAUCUCCAGACACCACAAUUCAACAUCAGACUCAAUCCCGCCGACGGCCUCCUCCCUUGCCCAUCCCUCAGCACACCUCUGAGCACAACCAUAUCUCAGAGGACGCUUCCAAUCAUUUUCACCCCACUAUUCCUGAUUCCGUGUCUGCACAAACACUGAAUGGGCUCGAUUUUUUGCUGGCAGCUCUUGAGUCUCAGAAUACAACCCACCCUGGGCCUGUGCAGCAACCAGUGAUCAGUAGGGCCCAGCCGAUUACUGCCGGAACUCCUGAAACCGUCUAUGAUAAUAGUUACUCCAUUGAGAAAAUACAAGGAGCAACAGCCCCUAAAGCAGCCCAGCCUAGCGCCAGAGCAAGCAGAGUAGCCCGAAACAAGGCUCCCACUAAAACAAAGCAAGUGGAAACUGAUUCCGCGACAGCAGAAGCCUGGCCAUUGCCUGGACUUAUCACAUACAAAGUAAAUGUGGGAGGGAAAGCGAAGCCCCAGCUGCUUUCACUUGAUCUAGAAUACGAAGAUUGGAAGAGUGCCAUUUCUGCGACACCUGGAUUACCGGAGAACAAACGCUUCAGGCCAGAGAUCACUUGGAAGCUGGGCACAGCUCCGAAGAUGCAAGACCCGCAGACAGUUGAUGAUAAUCAAGAAUACCAGCUGAUGGUGCACGAAAUAGUCACGCAGCAUGAGAAGGAUGGGAAGCAGCCAGAGGUUGUCAUCACCAUUCGAAAUUUGCCAGAGAAAGAUCGAAGAAAGACUGGCCAGAAAAGUACAAAGAAGAAGCAAGGAUCACGGAAAGCCAGGAAGAAAAGAUCAAAGACUGGCCGGGAUGACUCCAGCUCCUCUGACAGUGAGACUGACUCUGGCUCCACGGACUCAACCACGGAUGAAUCCGAUUCUGAUCAUUCACGUCGUGCAUGGCGCAAGAAGCCAGCAAAGCUGGUGCUUUGGCAAAUUGAAGACUUACUCCAUGAGAAGCACCAUUUCUUGGAAAGCACCUUUCCCUCACAAAGGCAGUUGCCAAGCGAUGGGCUGGAGCAAUUGUAA